CGUUAUGUAAUUCGGUCCGUUUUGACAAACCUUUUCAUCGGAAUUUUGUAAACUACGGAAUUAUUUUGGGAACCCCGCACAUCCGCUAUAUUAUCAUGCCAAAUAAUCCACUUUGGCUCUAUUAUUUAAUGGUUGCAAAAUACUAAUAAUAAAAAAGUAUCUAGUAUGUAUAUUUAAAUAGGAAUAGGAAUUUAUGAUAGAAUUUCGGAAAGUCAAAACCUUACGGACCAUCCCAAAAAUUAAUGGUGGAUAGUGGUCAGUGUGAAUAGGAUUAUAUGUAAAGCAAGGCGGGAGCCUGAGCAAUAAAGAGGCAAAUGAAAAAAAGGCUAUAAAACAACGGUUGUGUUUUAAUAAAUUGUUAUACUUAUUAAAUGGUAUAGAAGUUACUUACUUGUAAUCAUCAAAAUUUAUUCUAAUAAGUAUGCGUUGACAGACUGUGCAAAUUUGACAAAAGAAUGCCAGAAGUGCAAGAGUAAAGAUCUUAUGUCUGAUCACGAAAAGAAAAACGUGGAAACUAAACCAAUAUUCCUAUGGCCUGCUGGUUGGUUUACAGAGCCGAAUGCUUUACUGAAGUCGAUGGAAGUCUGCAAAUCCAUAAGUUUCCUGUAUGACUGUUUAAUACAUCAACUAUUGACAAUAUACGUGCGGCUGACAUAGGUUUCAAGAAAUGAUACAAAAGUCCUAUAGUUAUUGGAGAUGGCCGAAAGCAAUAGUAAACUAUAUUAAGGUAUACUUUCAAAAGUGUUGCAUACAUGGAUUCAAAUAUGUUGUCGAAAAAAUGUUUACUUUUCUGGAGAGAUUCCUGUGGCUUAUUUUGUUGGUGGUUUCUAUAUAUUUCUGUAUUGUGGUCUGCCUAUCUUCUAUCGAUCGAUACUACACCAAGAGUACACACAUCGGAUUAGAACGAAACUACCACUUUUGGAAUACUACGAUACCAAGUUUAACAGUAUGCCCAAUGCAACGAAUUAACGAAAGUUUAUUCAGUGACUACUGUCGGAAAAAUGGCAUUAAAGGACAAUACAAAGAGGAAUUUUGGGGAUUCAUUGAAAAUUUGGCAAAUUCUACAUACAAAAAUUUUCAAAACAUUCCGGAAAGCGAGCAUAUAGACAAAUUACUUAAUGUUCUCGGUAUUAAACCAGCAUUAUACAUGGAGCUAAUUUAUAAUCUUACCUAUGAUAGCUCUUAUGAGCCCGUGGAAAAGCAACGAACCCGUAGUAUCGAUGGACAGAUUAAUAUUCAUGUACGACAAGUUCUCACGGAGUACGGCUUGUGCUACUUAGGUAACUCAAAGCUGGGGGAAGAGUACAGCUCGCGUUACUUGAUAUUUGGAGUUUAUCCUGAAGUUAACAAAUAUGAACAGAGCCGACGAUUACUGAAAGCUCAGAUCGGAUCGUUUUUUGAAAAGGAUGUGGGAUUCACUUUAUUGGGCUUUAGUAGCGAAGCUAUAGAUAGCUAUAUUCAUUCAGCUUUUGAGGUAAUGAAGGUAGAUAAUAAUUUUGGGUACACUGAAGAAGGUGUUGUUUAUGAUCCCGAAAGCGAAGAGAUAAUUGCUGAGGAAAACCUUGAGAAAGAAGCUACCAUUGGACAAAGAAAAUGUCGUUUCUAUCACGAAUCCAAUCUGACCCAUUUUCCAUUCUAUACUAGAAAUAUUUGUCAACAAGAGUGUCGAAUUAAUCUUGCUUACAAAAUUUGUAAAUGUAUUCCUCACUUUUAUCCAAACCGUAUUGCAGAACCUAAGCCGGUGUGUAAUUAUAAAAUUCUUAAAUCGUGUUUCCCAAAACAUGCAAAUUUUUUUCUUAAACUGUACGAAGAAAAUGGUUUUCAUGAUAAGCCAGCGACAUGCCACUGUGAACAGAACUGCCUUGAUGCAGUAGUUACAACAAAAAGUGCUCUGCCCAUGAUAGGUUCGAAACAGCUACUCGGAAGUAUAGGAAGUGCUAUUUCUAUGAAAACUUGGCCCCAGAAUAGGCUUAAGCGACAAGUCAUAUUUUCCUUUACCGAUCUCUUAGUUUCCAUUGGCGGAACUGCAGGACUGUUUCUCGGAUUCAGUGUUUUGGGCUUAGCUGAGCUUUUUUACUUUUUUACAAUCCGAUUAGUUUGGCAAAUACUUGGUUAUACAAUCUAAUCUAUGUAAAUAUGUCAAACUUUUUUGUAAUAUUUUAAUUAAUUCGAAGCAAUGAGCAUGAGCGCGAUAGCAGAUAAUUUAAGAAAAUUCGGUUACAAGACAUUAGAAGAGAUGAGUGGUAUGUCUUAAAAGCUAUUAAAGGCUGCUCAUUUAUUUCGGUACCUCAAUGUAUAAUUUAUGAAAUAUAUGGAUCUCAUCGGGAGGGACGGACAGACAGACAUGGCCGUAUCGACUCGGCUUGCUGUUGAUGCUGAUCAAGAAUAUAUACACUCUAUGG